AUGAACCAGAGUGUUCUUCAAAACAGCCCUCCAGACACUUUCGUUAUAAAGUUCGUCUGUACAUUUCCGUCCAAUCUAGCAACAUUCGCCGAUUUGCGUGCAAACGUCGUCUUGGCUACUCGCCACUCAGUAGGAGGGGAGGGGAGCGGAGGGAACACAUGGCCAGACAGUCGGGGCUGGGAACCGGCGGACUCGCCAAAGUGCCAUCAUGAAUCUGCUGGCCUUGUAUUGGCCUUUGAUGAAAUCGAAACUACUGCUGCUACUGCUACUACUUGUAGCUUUAACGACAAGCUCAUUCAUGUGCUCCUCCAUCUCCGGACUGUUGGCUGGCGUUCAUGUACACAUGCUUCACUGGCGUCGCAUUCGGCACCACCAUGCAAGAGAGCCAGUCUCGACGACACGGUGACAUACCGUCCAGUUGAUACUGUUGAUCAAAUGCCCUUGUCAACUGGACCUGUUGUCACCCUGAGCUGA